CUGAGAUAGUCACUGUAAACGGGGGGCCAUGCAAUGAAACUAUCUUGAAUUUAUCCAUCACGGGUUGCUUUUAAGUUUCAAGAGUUUUGCAUUGGUUACUAUAAGAGCUGAGCUAUCGUUAUUUGGUUGUUUUCAUUUUCAUCGUCGUCAUGGGGAGAGCAAUGGGCUCUGUUUUACUAUGUUUCCAUAUUCUGGGCUUGAUUCUCUGCCAUUUUCUCUCCGACCCGAACCUCGUCGUUUCGGCACAGAACUACUCGCCGGUGUUCGCCUGCGACGUCGAUGGGAAUCUGGGGUUGAAGAAUUUCGCCUUCUGUGAUUCGUCCCGGGACGACAAAACCAGGGUGAAGGAUCUGGUGAAGAGGCUAACGUUGCCGGAGAAGAUUUCGUUCUUGGUGAAUAGUGCCGGCAAUGUGAGCAGGCUGGGAAUCCCGAGCUACGAGUGGUGGUCGGAGGCUCUGCACGGCGUCUCCUACACCGGCCCCGGCGUCAAAUUCUCCGGCCCAGUCCCCGGCGCCACCAGCUUCCCUCAGCCUCUCCUCACCGCUGCUUCUUUCAAUGUCACACUGUUUCAGACCAUCGGAAAGGUGGUUUCCACUGAGGCAAGAGCAAUGCACAAUGUUGGCUUGGCAGGGUUGACAUAUUGGUCACCAAACAUCAACAUUUUCCGGGACCCGAGAUGGGGAAGAGGCCAGGAAACGCCGGGAGAAGAUCCGGUGCUCGCCAGCCAGUACGCGGUGGCGUACGUCAAAGGCCUACAACAGAGAGAUGACGGCAACAAGAAGAAGCUCAAAGUUGCUGCUUGCUGCAAACACUAUACAGCCUAUGAUGUGGAUGAUUGGAAAAGCCACGUGAGAUACAAUUUCAAUGCCGUGGUGACAAAGCAAGAUAUGGAGGAUACAUUUCAACCCCCUUUCAAGAAAUGUGUUCUUGAGGGAAAUGUUGCCAGUGUUAUGUGUUCAUACAAUCAGGUUAAUGGCAAGCCAGUCUGCGGUGAUCAUGACCUUCUGGCCGGGGUGAUUAGAGGCAAAUGGAACUUAAAUGGGUACAUAGUUACAGAUUGUGAUUCUUUUAAUGUGAUAUUCAACUCCCAACAUUACACCAAAACACCAGAGGAGACUGCAGCUUUGGGCAUUAAUGCAGGAGUGGACCUGAACUGUGGCCAAUUCCUGGGGAAGUACACUCAGGGAGCUGUGAACCAAGGGCUGGUUAAGGAAUCAGAGAUUAACAGGGCUGUCUCGAACAACGUUGCGACGCUGAUGAGACUAGGAUUCUUCGAUGGCGAUCCAAGAAAGCAGUUGUAUGGAAACCUCGGCCCCAAAGAUGUCUGCACACCCGAUCACCAGGAACUUGCUCGGGAAGCAGCAAGGCAAGGCAUUGUCUUGUUGAAAAACUCUGAGGAUUCACUGCCUUUUUCUGCAGAUUCCAUCAAAUCAUUGGCAGUAAUUGGUCCUAAUGCUGAUGCAACCCAUACUAUGCUUGGAAACUAUGAAGGAAAACCAUGCAAGUAUACGAGUUCAUUACAGGGUCUGAAAGCCAUAGUUCAAACUGUUUAUUACUCCCCCGGCUGUGACAACAUAGCAUGUGGGAAAGCCUUAGUAGAUGAUGCCAAGAAAAUAGCAGCUGCAGCUGAUGCAGUGGUCUUGGUAAUGGGGUCUGAUCAAUCCAUUGAGACAGAAGCCCGCGACAGAAUCAACCUUACUCUUCCUGGACAGCAGUCAUUCGUGGUAUCCGAGGUUGCUAAGGUUUCCAAGGGACCAGUGAUCCUUGUCAUCAUGUCGGGAGGCGGCAUGGAUGUGUCGUUUGCAGUCAAUGAUCCUAAAGUUUCAAGCAUUCUCUGGGUUGGAUUCCCUGGAGAAGCCGGCGGAGCUGCACUUGCAGAUGUUAUAUUUGGAUAUUACAAUCCAUGCGGAAGGCUACCUAUGACCUGGUACCCACAAUCAUAUGCCGACAAGAUUCCGAUGAUUGAUAUGAGAAUGCGGCCGGACCCAAAAACAGGCUAUCCCGGCAGAACAUACCGUUUCUACGCCGGUCCGACGGUGUUCAAAUUCGGCCAUGGAUUGAGCUAUUCCCAGUACAAGCACCAGAUAGUUAAGGCGCCAGAAUCACUCUCCCUCUUCCUCGAACAAGAUCACGUCUGUCACUCAUCCAACUGCAAAUCCGUCGACGCCGCAGACCAAAUCUGCAGCAACUCGCCGGCGUUCGACGUUCACCUGAAAAUCAAGAAUGUGGGGAAAAGAAGCGGAAGCCACACAGUUUUCCUGUUCUCGUCGCCGCCGUCAGUUCACGGCGCGCCGCAGAAACACUUGCUGGGAUUCGAGAAGCUGCAUCUGGGGCCAAAAGAAGAAGGGAUUGCGAGAUUCAGAGUGGAUGUUUGCAAGCAUUUGAGCGUGGUUGAUGAGGGUGGGAAUCGGAAAGUGGCAUUGGGACAUCAUGUUCUUCAUGUCGGGGAUUUGACGCAUUCUUUGACUGUGAGCGUUUGAAGAAAUACUCGCGGUUAAGGAGUCUAAUAAUUAUUGGAAUUGACUAUUGAGAGCAAUUUGUAACAAAUUUUUCACCUUCUUUUUGAUUUAGUACUCUUGUUCAAGGGUCAAUCUUGAAUGAGCAAUGACAUCGUAUUUGAAUGCAA